UAGAUCAAGAUUCACAAAACCUUGUCGGCGGCAGCGGCGGCGGCAGCGGAAACCGUCUCGGCGGCGCAGAGGGGAACGCGCUACCGGAGAAGGGACGCACGCGCGCGCGACCAAAUCAACAGCGGAGAUCGAUCGAUGGACGCUGCACCGCCGCCCGUGCAGAAGGAGCCGCCAGCGCCUCGACGAUCCAGGGACUGGUCGCUGCUGCCCCUCGACGCGCUCGCCUCGGUCUUCGUCAGGCUCGGCGCCGUCGACGUGCUCAUGGCCGCCUGCCUCGUGUGCCGCUCGUGGCUCGACGCGGCGAGCGUGCCAGACGUGUGGCGUGUUGUGGACAUGGAGAGCCACGAGGCCGUGCUCACCAAGGACAAAGCCGUGCUGCGCGCAAUGGCUAAAGCGGCCGUCGACCGUUCCGACGGUCAGCUUCGGGUGUUCGCCGGGAACGAGUUCGUCACCGAUGACCUCCUAAAAUAUAUCGUGAAAAGUUCGCCGUCACUGGCUACCCUUCGCAUUAUAUCCAACUGCGAAGACUAUACCAAACAGCUCGUCAGUGUGAUAAAAGAGGCACCUUUGCUGGAGCUUCGUUGCCUUGAACUGGGCGACAUUAACCCCACCGUGGGAGAAAUGCUUGAUCUCCUCCGCAGCUGUCCUCUCCUACAGGUAUUUCGGGUGCGCGGCUACCAUUUCGACAUUUGGGUAACUGACGAGCGUGUCCCGCGAACGAAAUUUGCCGGGACCGAGGUCAUGACGGGCAAGUGGGGUGAUACGCAGUGGCGACACGUGGCAAUGGUAGAAGUAUGAGCCGACUGAAGUGGUCUAGGCUGAAUUUAGCUACUGCUCCAACUAUUGCUGAGAAUUUAGGCUCAUAACAAACCUAAUGGGCCAAAAUACCUCACUAAUCUUGUCUUAAUUUUUUUUAAAGAUUGGGUCCCCGUGAGGAUCCGCCAACCGUGAUAAAUAUCGGUGAGGAUCCACCAACGGUGAUAAAUAUCGGUGCUACGAUUCUGAUUUAGAGAUAAGUUUCCCUUUAUUUCGGAAAAGGCGGAAAGCUUUGUAUGUCAUAAAAGAUAAAGCUACAAAAUUAUCUUGUUAGGCCAUCAACCAUGUUUGGAAAGCGAACA